UAUAUAACCACAAAUUCCCGUCUCGCAACGUCUCUUUUGCAAAAUAGCGUCGUGCAUCCAUAGAAAAGCAACAUUUGAGGUUGGCCUAAUUGACCCGCUCCUUUAGCCCUUAACACCUGGUCUUUUGAGUGUAAUUCAAGACACAAGAUAUUUUUUCACAUCUUUGUCUUUCGGAUCAGCCCUUUUGCGAACUCUUUAUAACUUCUUGUUGAUUCGUCUCGAACAACUUUCUCUGAACCCGAUUUUCUCUCGGUGUAAUUUCGUGAACGAACAUUUCCCCCUGCAUUAACAGUCAGUUUUUCAAAACUCGCUGUUCAUUGUCAAUUCUACGUAAUUGUUGCAAACUCCCGUGUCAUUGUGAACGUGUGUUGUGUCAAGUUUUCUAACUACACACCGUAAACAAACUCAACAGUCACCAUCACAAAUUUUUCUUUAAGGAAUCUAAUCCUGUCAAACCGUGAACUUUCGUGUUUAACGAUUUUAUCUUUACUCGAAAACAUGCAAUACUUCACUUCUCUCCUUGGAGCAGUUUCUAUGCUCGCGACCGCUGUUUCGGCCGCCCCCGUGCCUUUCUGGCGCCGUGCUGACUCUGUCGCCGCCGGUGUCGGUGUUAACCAAACCUUCGGUGUCAUCAGUUAUGCCAACAAGGUCUACGAUGUCGACUGGCAUGCUUGGUACGUUUCCCCCACCUCUGGUCAAGUCUACAUUGGUCCCAGCGGUGAUGCCACCACCCCUGGUGUCUUCUACAUUGACGAGGACACCUACUUGCGCAACAGUGGUGCCUUUGCCUACUCUGGCGACAACAAGGAGGUUGCCUUCACCAACCACACCAACUACUGGAUCAAGCAACACAACGACGGUUCCAACCGUGUUGACACCACCCAGAAGAAGCCCGUUGACCAAUACACUGCCAACAAGGCUCACGGUAAGUACAACUCCUACGGUUACACUCUCCAACGCGCCAAGAAGAACUUCAUCUAUUGUGGUAACAAGGUCUACACCGGUGCUGGACGGAGUAGCGAUUGUGAGGACUUCGAGGCCGUUGCCUUGAACCUCUCCACCUGGACUCCCACUUACCGUAACACUACCGUUAACGGUGUUCGUCAACUUGUCCCCACUAUCGAGUCUAUCAGCGAUCUGUCUGCUGAUGUUCCUGCCAAGUCUGAGCGUCUUGCUCCCCAAGCUAUUCGUCAAUUCAACUACCAGGACACCACCAGCAAGUCUGACCGUGCUGGCCGUACCUACGUCUCCAACGCCAACGGUGCCAACCGUACCACCAUCUACACCUACAACCUUCCUUUCGGUGACUCUUCUUUCUACUACACUAGCUGCUCCUUCGAGAUCCGUUUGACUCAAGAGCUCUUCCCUCUUGAGGUCAGCCCCUCUAAUGGUACUGCUCAAUUUGUCAUCUACAACAUGACUGGCAACCCCACCGACGGUACUACUUCUCGUAACACUCCUACUCGUUUGGACGAGGUUACUCGUUUCAACUGCUCCAUGGCUGGUUGCCAUUACAGCAUGAAUGUUGCUUGCCCUCGUGCCGGUCAUGCUCACUCUUAUGAAAUUGUUGCUGCCUCCAAGGACACUACUUUGGCUUUCACCCAAACAAGUUCUCCUAUCGUUGGUAUGAGCAUGUUUGUCUACUCUGACGCCAUCUAUGAUUAGAUGCGUCAACGGAAAAGGGCGUUUUAAUGUGACGACAAAGCAUAUCGCUGCUGCACGUAUUCUGCUUGCGCCGAUGCGCAAGUGGCUGCGUGAUGCGAGUGUGUGCUUAUGUGGGACAUCAGGUUGGUGUCUCAUCAUUAUUAUUCAUCGCGAACAAGUAGUGCUUGGAGUCCUCGUUUUGCUGCGAAGUCGAUGAUAUGGCUCUUUUUGCUGUAUUCUUUUUUUCGUCACUUUCUUCACUUUUUGUUCGUGUCACACGUUUUGCUAGCCCCUUGUUGCCUUUCAUUUGAUUAUACUUUUCGCAUAAGCAUACAGCUAAUGCUAAUUUUCAGCUUAGUUGGAGGUCGACGAUGAGUGUACAUUGAAUCCUCCACAUUCAUUAUUAAGCUACGUGGCAUUUGACUGUCUCGUACUACUUUUAUUUAGACUCUCUGUUCGUUUAAUACUUUCCCUCCAAGGAAUAGUUGUGUAGGAUGGGUGGGAUGUGGGGUUGCAGAGUGAUGUUCAUAUGAGGUGGUAGCAGUUGCGAAU